AUGGGCUGUCCCGCAUUCGAUUUGGUGCGGUUGUUUGGGACAUGCCUUUCUGGCAGGUAUAGACAAUUACACUGGAAAGAGCUAUUAGAGCAAUUCUACGCUUAUUUGGUAGAGGAAGUUGCUAAUGGGGAGAUGCCCUACACUCUUGAACAGUUGAAUGAAUCAUACCGCCGAUGCUUACCAUUGGGAUUAUUUUUCGCGUUGUUCGAUAUAUUGCCUUUUUUCGAUGAGGUAUUGAAAUGCAGCGAAGAAGAUAAAAAGGAAAAGGAAAUCGACAUCCUGAUCGAAAAAAUGGAAUGUGCUUUGGAUGACUUGGUGGUUUAUCACGAGCGCAACGUGAAGCUGAGGGAGCAGGGCAAGGUUUCUUCAACAAGCAAAGAAGAGAAGGGUGCUGCCUCUUAA